ACGACGAGCAGCACCAGAAACCAAAAACGAAACAAAUCCCUUUGAAAGCGCCCUAACUCUCACUCAGGAGGCCUUAGCAACGGGAACUGCUCCAUGGAGAGAGGCGAGGAGGAGAGGAGAGGAGAAUGCACGGACAGAUGGACACCCUUAUCCACGGGGGGGGGGUUGAUUCAGUCGAGUAAACCUAAUUGGUAGGCGAAACGCGAUCGAUAAUCGACAAUGGACCGGUCGCAUCGCCGCGGCGUCGUCGCACUCCUCGUAGCAGCGUUUGCGUUUUCGUGGCCUCUAACGGCUAGCACGGCUGCCGUGAAUCUCAAUCCGGCGCAAGCGGCGGUGCUGAGGGAGUGCCAGCAGCAAUGGGCGGUGCAGCUGCCCGGGUGGGCCACGGCGGGGAACUGCACCGCAGUGCCUGGCGCGGAUUGCGACUGCGCCACAGUGUAUGGCGUCCAGUGCGACGCUGACGGCUCAAUCGUUAGCAUGCACGUGACUGAGCAGCCUCUCAACGGCCCUGUACCCAGUGUCCUCGGCGAGCUCACCACCCUCACAUAUCUCCGUAUUGCAAAAACCGACCUCAAUGGUUCCAUCCCAGAUGGCCUCUCUAGCCUAGUGCGCUUGCAGCACUUGGAUCUGAGCUACAACAGCAUUACAGGGUCCAUUCCCCAGGCCAUCUCGAGCCUCACCAGUCUCACGGUGCUGGGACUCAGCUACAUGGACUUAACAGGUCCCUUUCCAUCAUGGAUACCUGGCCACAUCAGACUGAACUACGUAAGCCUGGUGGGCAACCGGAUCAGCGGAUCCAUGCCAGAAUCACUUGGCAGCGUUAUCAACCUCAACGUCUUCUCUGUGUGGCAGAACCAGCUCAGCGGCACCAUCCCAGAGUCCAUCGGCAGCCUCACCCAACUGGAAAUCCUCAUGCAUGCCCAUCACAUGCUUGCCUGCAUGUAUGCAUGUAUGCAUGCAUUGUGUGCCGGUUCUUCCCUGUGUGUAUUAUGGUUGCUUGCAUGCCUGCUUGCUCGUUUGCCUGCUUGCUCGUUUGCCUACGUGGCGCACAGGGAUCUGGGAGACAACAAGUUGAACGGACUGCUGCCAUCCUGGAUCACGCGGAUGGCCACUCUAGAGAAGCUUGACUUGAGCCGCAACAAUUUCGCCGGCUCCCUGCCUGCUAACCUAGGCAGCCUGCAGCAGCUCACGUACCUCAACGUGUCCGCCACAUCGCUCGCCUGCCCUCUGGAUGCCUCCACCUGUGUGGUCUCCCAGUCGAGUGCCUCUGCCUUCUGCCUCCAGUGCCCCUCCUUCUGCUCCUCGUGCUCUUCUGCUGCUGCAGCCCCACCCCCUCCAGCCACUGCCGCCACUGCAACCGCCCAGUCCCGCCUGUCCACAGCAGAUAUCAUUGGCAUUGUGGUGGCAGCCGUCCUGCUGCUGCUGCUGCUGCUGGCUGCGGUUUGGUGGGCUCUCAUGCGCCGCCGAAAGCCACACGCCACGCCCGUUGGAGAGGCAGCCUCGUCUGCCCCGGGCAUGGGCGCCGCCCCCACGGCCUGCCAGCAGUUCCCCCUCGACGUGGUCACCACCGCCACAGGCGACUGGGCCGAGUGCAACCUGCUGGGUUCGGGGGGCUUUGGCGAAGUGUACAAGGGCGUGUCGCCCCUCGAUGGCACCACGCUGUGGGCUGUGAAGCGCGCCAAAUCGAUCACCACCGACUUCAGGCGGGAGGUGGGCCAGAUGGCGUCGAAGCACCACCCGAAUCUGGUGCGGCUGUUGGGGUUUGCAGUGGGCGGCGAUGUGAACACUCGCGUGGAGAACGUUCUCGUCUACGAGUUCAUCGCCAAUGGCGACCUGAAGAGGUGGAUGGGGCCAGACGCCCCUGCGGUCCUGACCCUGCAGCAGCGGCUGGACAUCUUGGUAGGGGUAGCGCGCGGGUUGGAGUACCUGCACAAGUUUGGCAUGGUGCAUCGCGACAUCAAGCCACCCAAUAUCCUCAUUGAUGAAAACAUGCAGCCCAAGGUGGCAGACUUUGGGCUGGUGCGAGCAGGGGACGUCACGGGCUUGCAUUCCACACGACUGCUUGGCACGGUGGGCUACAUGGACCCGGCGUACAUCAGAACGCACAACGCCACCACCGCCACGGAUCUCUACAGCUUUGGCAUCCUCAUGCUGGUGAUGCUGUCAGGCAGAGAAGCCGUAAUCACCACCAAACACAAGCAGGACGAUGGCUCCAACUGCCAUGCGGAUCACAACGAGGACCCCAUCACCAUUCUCCAAUGGGCAACGGAGCUUAUGUCGGAGAGCAAAGUAUCGAGUCUUGGGGACCCGCGCAUGGCAGCAGUGCCUGAGGCCAUCAUCUCGGGCCUGGUCCAGCUGGCCGUGGGCUGCACUGCAAUGCCCACGGCCUCGCGCCCCUCCAUGUCGCAGGUGGCGCAGGACCUGGAGGCGCUCCGGGCGGGCGUGGGCGGGGGGGAUGCAAGAGCAGAGGGAGCCGCGCUGGUGGACGAGAAGAUGGUGGGUGCGAGCCCAGUGAGGACCAUGGAUGAGGAUCUUGCGCUGCUGGAGUGGGAGUUCACAGAGGAGAGUGCCGCACAUGUCUCACUCGAGCUCCGAGCGCCUCAAACCAUGAGGUGAUUGUGAGCGGCUGCUGGCUGCCGGCCGCCCACCUUGUGAGGAUUAUUUGUAAGGAUUAUUUAAGAGGUGCCUUGAGUUGCCGGUGCAGCUGUGCGGUGCUCAUAGUGAGCUCUCGUCUGGUUUCAGACUCGUUCAGUUAUGUACGAGGGAGGAAGUGUGUGAAGCUUCCAGAGCGGAGGCGCACUAGGGCUAGGGCCUGUCUUACCUUGGCUCCAUGCUGUCAACAAUUUUCCAUAUUUGUGCGGUCUCUGGAUGGUAUGCCCAAGUGUGUACUGUACCGAUGCAAGGGUGGAUGUGAUGGUGGUGAACGCCUGUCCUACGAGUGAAAGCAUUGAUGAUGAGGAGCCAGGGCAGCGGUAGCAGCCAGGGUGGGUGAGAUUAUGGAGCACGAAGAUCAUCCUGAGAGGACCUUUGGCGAGGAGCUUGAGCUGCUUGAGGAGCAGUUCUCCGAGCGCCUCAAAUCACGAGGUGAUGGUGAGCAUCAUCCUGUGAGGAUCAUUGAAGGGUGCCUUGAGCUGCUGGCGCAGCUAUGCACUGGGCAGAGUGAGCUCUCGUCCCGUCUCAUAUUCGUUCAGUCUCGUAGGAAACUGUGAAGCUUUCAGUGUGGAGGAACACAAGGGCCUGCCUCAUUUGGUGCUCCUCUCCUGCCCCAGGGUGGUACACCUGAAUGUGCUUGUACAAUGAACAGCUUGAAGGAUAGUAUAUUCAUGGUUCGUAUGUGAUAUAUGAUUCUUGCUGUAACAAACCACCGCGUACGCAUUUGGCGUGCAUGGAUUGGGCAUCUUUUGUCAAACAUAUUUGUAUAUGUUAUAAUAGGC